GAAAAGAUCAAAUAUGUUGGUUUCGGUGCUUUUUUUUGUUGUAUCGUUAAGUGUUUCUGUGCAGAGCUAUGAUGACAAACUGGAUGAGCUAAAACAACAAUAUUUACAAAUGAUAAUGGAUUGUUCUGCAGACACACCUUUGACCGAAACCGAUAUUGAACAAUUAAAAAACAAACAAAUGCCAGACAAGGAAUCGAUUAAAUGUCUCUUUGCGUGUGCUUACACUAAAGCAGGCAUUAUGAGUGAAGAUGGAUAUCUUUCUGUUGAAGGAACAAACAAUCUAGCUCAAACAUACUUAGAAAAUGAGCCCGACAGGUUAAAGAAAGCAAUACAGCUUACUGAGGCUUGUAAGUUUGUAAAUGACGAAAAUAUAGAUGGAAAUAAAGCAUGCGAGAGAGCUGCUUUAAUUUUCAAAUGCACCGUUGAUAAAGCUGUUGAGGCGAUGACAGAUGAAGAAGCCAAAGCCGAUUUUGCGAAGGCGAUAAUGGGUUGUGCUAAAGACGCAGCCGUGGAUAUGAGUGAUAUUAUGUCUUUAGCUUCUCUGGUUGUACCGACCGAUUCUAAAGUUAAAUGCGUUCUCGCCUGCGCUUACAGGAAGAAAGGAUCGCUGAAUGCUCAAGGCAUGUACGAUAUCGACGGGGCAUAUGCGCUGGCUGAUACCAUGCUAAAAGGUGACGAAGCACGUAUAAAGAAAGGGAAGGAAUUCGCCGAUGCUUGCGCCUCUGUGAACGAUGAGACUGUGAGUGACGGCGAAAAGGGGUGCGAUAGAGCUGCGUUGAUGUUCAAAUGCGCUGUUAAAAAUGCUGCUAAGGUUUGUGUUGUAUGCUUAUGGAUUCAAAUUAUAACCAGCCAACCCACCAUAUCCAGUAAUGCUCCACUAUGA